AUGGGUGAACGUAAACUUCCUACAAUCCUUAUAAUUGGAGCAGGCCCAGCCCACAAGAUCGGUGGCAAGGUUAUCAUAUUUACAUUACUUUGCACGAGAGUAAAAUCAUUAUUAAAAUGUAUUCCGAAAUCUAUUGAUACGAGAAUUCAUGAAGUUGUACCAGAUCCAAUUGGCGAUGGAAUUGAAAAAACUGUUGUAACGGUUCAUGAUCAUUUAGGAAAAAUAUUAUUUAAAACUCCAGGAUAUCAAGUUAAGUGUUUAUGA